AUUCAGAUACUUUUAUACUGAGUGUGUAGUUGGUGUGUGUGUAGUUGUGUGUGUGUGUGUCCUUGUCAGGGUGAAGGGAAAUCUGCAGCUCGUCUUCACAACGCCACAGACAUGAAUCGCCUGCUGAAAGUUCCACUUCUGGCCAGACGUGCCUUCAGCACCUCGACCAGACAGCUGAUCAACAGAGUCCCAGAGGCCCAGAAAGUCUUCCUGGCGGACAAUGGGUUGCCUGUCCACAUCAAGGGAGGAACCUCUGACGUCAUAAUGUACCGGAUGACCAUGACGAUAACCCUCGCAGGAACCUGCUACUCUGUGUACUGGCUGCUCUACGCCGCGAUGCCUCGUAAGAAGUAGAAGAAGAGUAGAGGCUCGGUCUACUGCAUGCAGCCGGACGCUCGGCUCCAUCUAACACUAAUGUUUGAUGUGUACAUUUCUUUGAUUUCGUCAUCAUGACUCACCUGAACCUGUAAAACCUGAUAAAAGACUUUAAAUCAA